AUGGCUAUUGUACUUGCCGUCGACCUUUUAAAUCCUAUACCUGCAGUAGAAGCACAAAAGCACAAACUUAAAAGACUAGUCCAGAGUCCUAACUCUUUCUUUAUGGAUGUCAAAUGUCCCGGCUGCUUUAAUAUUACAACGAUUUUUUCUCAUGCACAGACUGUUGUAAUUUGCGGUGCCUGCACUAGUGUGUUGUCUCAACCAACUGGUGGGAAAGCCCGUUUAAUGGAAGGCUGUUCCUUCAGAAAAAAGAACUAG